CUCGUUAAGAUUCGUUAACUCUCGGUUCGUACACGUACAAUUUUGGAAAAGUAAAGUGUUCCUUAAAAUAUUUUAGAAUUUUUAUUGUAAACUGCAAAAAAUAUUAAAGUUUCUUCAUCCCCAGUUUUAGAAAAACUGUGUUUAACCAAGUUGUUGUAUUCGUCUUCAACUUUAUAUAAAAAAAAACUUUUGCGAAACAUAACUUUAACAUUGUGUUUAAAAAUGACAGAUUCAAUGAAAUUUGGACCAGAAUGGUUAAGAAAUAUGUCUACAGAUUCUAACAUUGCCAGUAAUAUUUCUGUUAGUAACAACUCAAAUAUUGGAAUUAUUAGUACAAUGAAUUCAAAUCAUGGAGCAUCUUCUAAGAAUUUAUUACCAGAAUUUCGAUAUGGGCGUGAAGAAAUGCUUUCUCUUUUCGAUAAAAAUUGUAAUAUGCCAGAUGUUUUACCUAUGUAUAAAAAGCUUUUUAUAGAAAAAGUUCAAUAUCCGGUUGCGUUGCUACCGACAUCUGACGAUGAAAUGAUACUGCAGGGCAUUUCCGCACCUACGCAACGUUCGAUGUGGGUGCGACGUAGCCCAGUUGGAUUUAGUUCCGUCGCUAGAGGUGGUGCACGCGGUGGAGUUGCCGAGAGGGGUCGAAUGCGAGGAAAAUCACUGUACCAUUCAAUUUAUCAGCGACAAUCAGUUUUGGUGGAUGAGGACACUCGUACACAAGUAUUGAAGGUUGAUAGAAAUUGGACGGAACGAAAUGGAGAAUCUUUGGGUAGUACCAGCGGGAACAUAAAUAUUGGUCUGGAUUGGAAUGGUUCGCCGGUUACAAGUCCUCGCAAAGAAAUAUCAAAUCAUACAAGGAAUAUGGAAAAUUGGCGAAGAAAUCGUAAUGAUAGUGUGUUGGGAGAUAAUAAUACAGGGUUAAACAACAGCGAUGGAUGGCGUAGUUGUAAUAAUUCAAAUGGCUUCGGAAAUUCAAACCGUUGGGGGCGCUCUACAAGCUGGCGAGAAGAUGAAACUUCUGCGCCCAGUACAGAUAUUGUGUACGGUAGUGGAAAUAUUGCUGUACAAAGAUCAUACUCAUCUAUAGCUACAACUUAUUCAGAAAAAAACGGUAUAAAACAUCCUCAAAACAGUAGUAAUUUUGCUAACUGUUUUGCAAAUCGUAUUAAGGGUAACACAAAUAAUAUCAUCGGAAACAACAAACAAUGGAAAAACAGUUCUGAAAUUGAAAAUGCUGGUGUUACUGAUGAUAAUUUGCCAGAAUGGGCUAUAGAGAGCCCUAUAGAUAGUGGAGGUACUUUCGAUUCUAGUGGAGCAUUUCAUGGUUCUGUUGAAGAAGAAAGUUCACCAAUCACAAUGUAUCAAAAAAAUGCAAAGCAAAAUAGUUGUAAAGAUUCUAAAACCAACGAUAAUUUAGUAAAAAAUGAUUUUCUUGCUAUGCAAAAUGAAAUUAUUAAAACUCAAAUUGUAGAAAACAAUAUCAAUACUUCAAAAUCUAACAUGAAUAUUGGUUUGGAAAAAAAGAAACUAUCGGAAGUCAUUGAAUCAACUGAAGAAAGCAUAGAAAGUUGCCAUCAAAAUAAACUGCCUGAAACACUUUUAUCAAAAAGUGUUAGUGAUGAUAUACCUAUACCAUCAGAAGCUUUAGGCAACAUUCAGAACUCCUUAAGUAAUGAGUUUUCAGAUCGAAUGAAACAGGUUGCUGAUGACAUGGUAGAAAAAUUAAUUAUGGAUGACGACACAAGUACUAGUAAUAAAAACAUUGAAAUUGUUACAGAUAAUGAAGGAAAAUCUAACAAUUCAUUAAUUUCAAAUUCUGUGACAAUAAUGUUAAAUGAAACAGCACAACUUGGUAGUCAGCAAAUAGACAACGUGUCUUCAACUCCUAAUACUAUCGCAAAAGAGGAAACUAAAACAAUGCCUGCAUAUAAUAAUGUAAUGCCAACUGAUAUUUCGUCGUUACAACAUAAUCUAAAACAACAGGUGAUGACGUUAACACCUUCCACAAGCACUUUAAGAAGUAUGCAUAAUGCAGAAAAUAAUAGUUCAAAUUAUGAUUUAUGGUAUUACCGCGAUCCACAAUCAAAAGUACAAGGGCCAUUUACUGCAAUAGAAAUGACCGAAUGGUAUCGCGCAGGUUACUUUAAUGAAACUCUUAACGUACGAAGGGUUUGUGAUACUAGUUUUAGAACUUUAGGAGAAUUAAUUAAAAUAUGCCAUGGGAAUAUGCCAUUUACGAACAGUCAGUUUAUACCGAUAACCACUAAUACAGACCACGUUUCAGUCGUAAAUUCUCUCCCAGUUAUCUCUCAAUCGCAUGAUAAAGUACAGAAUUCGGUACAUAAUGAUAAUAGGGAAGAAUUAAAGAAUCAAGUAACAUCAGCUGCAAAUUCUUUAUGUGUUGCUGUUAAAAAUAAAAUUAAUUCCGUUGAUAUCUCGCAGGUACUAAAUAUACAUUUUCAAAUGUUACAACAAAAUUUUAUUCGUCAUCAAGAAAUGUUGAUGUUAAAUGAAUUAACAAAAAACGAAUGGUUUUUAACCUCAAAUCCAACUGAAAAAGAUGCAAUAAUUCAGCAGAAAUUACAAAGUAUUGUGUUACCAGAAUAUUUAACAAGUUUAUCUGUAUUAAGCAAUGCUUUAGUGGAACUCAAUCCGUGUGCUGGUAAUCAGCUUUUUAGUGCUAUUGCCGAAAGUUUGAAAAAAGAUCAGUUAUUUGCAGCUGGUAGCCAAGAAGCAAUGAGUUCGAAUAGUAACACAUAUGCAAAUAUGAAUGACUAUAUAUUAAAUUCUUUAACCCAACAUCAACAUAAUCAAUUUCCUCAUGGUGCUUUUUCUGACAUAACAGAAAAUAAUGAGCAUAAUUGUGGAAAAAUUACACAAAACAUUGGUGAUUUUUCAAGAAACAGUAACGAAGCAAAUAUGCGCGUACUGCAAAGUGGUUAUCCUCGAAUAAAUUUCCAGCAGAAGUCGCAAACUUAUUUAACUAGUCCAAAUCAAAAUGAUUAUAAUAACUCUCAGCAAUUGAUAGCUCAUCAUAUUCCACAUGCUCCUAUGAUUCAGAUGUGGUUGCCACAAUCAAACAUGUCAAACUCUAAUUUACCAAUGGAUCUAAUAACACAACCUGUUCAGCAUCAACCUAAUCAAUGGUCUACUGGCCCACUUGUAGGUAUACCUAAUUCAAUGAUUACAAACACGCCAGUGAAAAAUAACCAUAAUUUAUCAAAAAUGCUUUCUAAUAAUACGUUAUGGGAUGUGAAUUAUAUAGAACAGAAACAAAAAGAAAAUAUAAAUACUAAAACUAACGAAGAAUCGAAAAUUUUACAAAGUGUAUCAGAUGAACAAGAAGUAUCUAAUGAAAAAAAAAGUAUAAAUGAACAACACAUACCACCUCUACCGUCAAAUAUUGAAGUAGAUAAUAUUCGAUUAAUUGAACCGAGUAACCUUAAUCAAAAGCAAAACAAUAGUGCUGAAAAAAAUCAAUUGAAAAAAAAAAAUAAACAUGAAAUUUUAACUAAUACAGCCGCUAUGGCAACAUCAAUGAUAACUUCAGCUUCCAAAAAAAAAGAUGAACAAGUAUUAACUAAAAAAUUUGAGGAAGAGAAACGUAAAGAUGUUACAGAUGAAAAAAGACGUCAAAAGGAAGAUAAGAAACGCCACCAAUAUAUUGAGGAGAAUCGACGUCAGUUGCUUGAAGAAAAAGAGCGUCAGUUACAAAUUCAAGCACAAAGGCGCAAAGCUUUAUUGGGAAAUAUUGCUUCAGCAACUGGAGCAGCAACAACAACUUUAGAAAUCAAUAAAAAUAGUAAAGAACCUAAACGAGUUCCGACCUCAAUAGCACCUUGGUCUUCCCAAAAUACUGUAAGCGGUCAAACAGGUCCUGGUUUAGCUGAAAUACAAAAGGCAGAACGAAGAGAACGUCGUGCUGACCAGCAGCGACAAACAGAAAUGUUAGAAAAACAAAUUCGGGCCAAUGCGGCAGCUGCUGCUGAGGCUAAUGACGUUAUGCGUAAAUGGAAUGCUUCCCCAAUACCUGUCAAAAGUUUUGCUCAGAUUCAAGCUGAGGAAGUAAAACGUUUAGCAACCGAACAGCAGGAGUUUCAACGUCGAAAAGAACGCGAUCAGAAUUCUUUAUAUUUACCUACCCCAAGCGGGUCACAUUCUAGUAACACAUCUGAAGGGAAUGUUAAAAGUUCACCGAUUUGGAACAAUCCUAAAAUAUGGGGCUCAACUGCUAAUGCAGCUGGUUUUUGGGAAGAACCACUUAAAUUGAGCGCAUCAAAUACUUCUACAGAUUCUGGCAACCAUUCUUCAAACUCAGCGAAGCAAACUGGAACAUCAUCACAAAAGGUUACCAGUAAUAAUCAAGGAGUACUUGCAUCGAAACCUCUAAAAAAGAGUCAAACAGUUACAAUUAUGCAACACAAUGGGCAAAACUUAUCAGGAAAACAAAUGAAACCAGUUUCUCAACAACAAAACAAAAUUGCUGCGCCAUCUAAACAAAAUGUUAAAUGUCAACCACAAAAAUCUGAAACGGAGAGGAAUAGAAAAAAUAAUGGAUUAGAUACAAGCAAGGGUGAUGAUUACCAAAAUGAAUUUACUAAUUGGUGUAUAAAAAGCUUAAACAACAUGAACACUAAAGUUGAUGUACCUACAUUUGUUACAUUUUUACAGGACUUAGAAUCUCCUUAUGAAGUGAAAGACUAUGUGCGUCUAUAUUUAGGUGAAAAUAAGGAAUAUAAUGACUUUGCCAAACAGUUUCUUGAACGGCGAAGCAGGUAUAAAAAUUUACAACGUGCGCAAAAUGCACAUAAUGAUGAUAUGUGUAAACCUGCACCAGCUAUAACUCCAUCGGGAAACGAUAAUGCAGAUAAUAAGGGCAAACAGAAGCGAAUGAAAAAAAAUAAAAUGACAAAACUAGAUGCUCGAAUACUUGGGUUUUCUGUAACUGCAGCGGAAGGGCGCAUUAAUGUGGGAGAUCGAGAUUAUGUUGAUGCACCUUAGGACACGUUUAGCACAUUACAGUUUAACAAUUGUAUUUAAAUAUCUAUAUAUAUUAUAAUAUAUAUAUAUAUAUAUAUU